AUGGCGGACGUGCGGCCCGGCGGGGCCCGGCGCGGGGGCGCGCAGCACGGGCUGGCGGAGGGGGCGGCGCGCCUGAAGCGCGGGGACGCGGGCGACGGCGGCGCGGGCUGCUGGUGCUGGCGGCGGCUGUUCCGGCGGGGCGCGGCGCGCGGCGGGCGCAGGAAGAAGGCCAAGCGCGCGCGGGGCCGGGCGGCUCCGGAGCGCGGCCUGUGGGCGCACCCGCGCCUGCAGAGGCUGAUGCAGCGGCUGGCGGCGUGGAGGAGGCGCUACCUGCGGCGCGGCGAGCGGCCCGAGCGGCUGGAGGAGAUCCCGCUGCUGGUGCUGGAGCGCGCGCCGGGCGGCGACUAGGCCGCGGGCGGCCGCCGGGACCCCGGGACCCCGGCCCCUUCCCCCCCACCCCGGGCGCCCCAGAGCCUCGGUUUGGUUUGGUUUGACAAAGGCGAGAAAGAAAAAUAAACCCGACGUCCUGUGAAUGAAAGACCGCGCGGGCUCUUUGGGGCUGGGCGACCCCCGCGCGGGCUUUCACCGACGGGAAGGGCCCGUCCUUCGUCCUUCGUGUCUCCAGGCUGCAGGGCCUCAGGCCUCGAGGCGCUGGGAAGCCCUGGAGGAGCUGGCGGGGGGCCCGUACCCCACUGGAGCCUUGAAUCCUCCAGGGGCUUCGCAUCCUCCUGGGGCCCUGCACCUUCCCAAGCACCAGACCCCCAGUUCCUCUGCCCCCCCCCCACCCUUGGGGAGCCCCACACCCCCCUCUGCUGCUCCUUCGCGGCUGGAC